AUGUUGAUCCAUCUCGCUCUAUCUUCAAAUAUAAAAAAUAGCGCUGUUCGUGUGUUAAUUUGUUACCCUAAUCUUCGUAUUGAUGUCAAAGAAGAUUUCACUGAGUUAACAAAAUCUUUGCUGAAAGCAAUUGCUUUGAAAAAGUGGAAGACAGCUUCAAACAUUAUUUUCAAACAUGAAAACAUUGUUGCACAUAUACCCGACGCUUUACGAAGGAAGAUAAACGAGGAAUUUCGAUACUUGAGUUCUGACUGCCUUCAGAAAGGAAUUUCACCGAAAGAGAUUACAGCAUUUAACAACGAAAGUUUUGUGGAAGAACUAAGUAUAAAGUGCCCUAUGUGGCAUUCUGCUGUCAAUGGCGCGUGUGGCAUGUCACUUAAUCCAGGUGAGGAAAAACGUAAAAGGUCAUUCAAUGUUAUAGCAGUCGCGACCUCAGUGUUGUCAAGAUUCAGAAAUCCGACACUAUCUGCUCUCGCAUAUAGAAUUUCGAUGAUAUUACUUCAUGGCGGCCUUAGUUAUCUAGAAAUUAAACGACUAAAUCAUUUGGGUAUUCGCAUGUCGCCGGACUCCAUUGUUGAGCUACAACGAAAAAUAGGAACUUCGUCAGAUGCCAAGGUUCAUAUAUGGAAGAAAUCAAUAGAAGAUAUUUUGACGCAACAAUCAUUUCUUACUGAAAUAAUACAAAAGCAGUUCAUAUCUAAGGAUGACAAACACGCGACAGACGCUGCGGAGUUGAACGAAACAGUAUUAAAAUCUUAUUCAAACUACACCACGACGACCUAUAAAUUAUGCGUACAAUUAAUAGAUGAUUUCCGAGUCAUGAGGGGCGAUGCAUACAAUACUCUCGCGUCUGUUAAUGAUGCAUUACAACACCUUCCAAACGAAAGAGUUCCACGUUUCCGGUGA